AUGUACUUCUGCCACCUGAAGGAACAGGUACUGAGGUCCAGGUGCAUGCACAGAGAGGAGGUCAACUUUCUGCUGGUCGCCUGUGGGUUACAGGCUGACCUGGUCAACCACCAGGAGUCAGUCAAUGUGGAGAAGAAGAGCUUUCAGGAAUCCUGUAUCAGUGACCUGCUGGAGCUGCACCUGGACUUGGAGCAAAGCAGCAGGAACUCCCUGGACAAUGAGGACAAUAAGAGCAGCAGACAACAUCUCUUCCACUACCUCUCGCUCUGCUCCAAAGGUGAGGCAGCUCCCACACAGCGGGCAUCAAGCAGAACUCCCAGCAGGGAGAGUGUGAGAUGUCUGUGGAUGAACCUACAUGGACUUGAGCUUCUGUGGGAAGACAUCUAGUGGUUCCUGGAGCAGCUGCAGCAGGCAGGACACAUGGAACUGUAGUGGAGGUGAGCUAUAG